CACUUCACAGCUGGAGUGUCUUCUCGUGGCUGACAAGCUCUGCUGCCUGGAACAUUCCGUACGUGAUCAAAGCCAUAAACUGUGACAAGGCCCUGCGACACAACCUUUGCUCGGCACUCGUGUCUCUGCUGCUGUUGCCAAGGGAAAAUCGCGGGAAAAGGGAGAAAAGAUGAAUGCAGGUGAAGCCUGAGUGGGUCCUUUUCUCCUGGUGGGUUUCUGGACUUGAACCCUGUGCCACGGUCCUGGCGCUUUGGGGUUUCACUGUCCUGGGGUGGGGGAGCAGAGUUUUUGCCCCCAGUCCUUCAUCUGAUCUCAUGUGAGACCUUUCUGUGUCCAACAGCUGCGGGAAUGGGCACAGAGCUGGAACCUCAGCUCUGAUACGUGCUUGAGAAAAUUGAGAUGCUUCAAUGAUUUGUGCUCUUUAAUCCGAGAAACUUUUCAAUUUCAAGUGAGAAACACCAUUUUUAAGUAGAGUCAUAGAAUCAAAUCGCAGAAUCGUUUAAGUUGAAAACGACCCUAAAGAUCAUCGAGUCCAACCCUAAACCUAACACUGCCAAGUCCACCACUAAACCGUGUCCCUAAAUGCCAGGGGGCUGUCUUGCACUGCUGUUUUUCUUCUGUCUUGCCUCGUUUGCUGUGUUUUGAGGAACAUGGGAUGUUAGAAAACAGCCUCCCCGGGGAGCUCAGUGGGUGCUUUUAACGCCGCUCUGUUGAGCUGACGUGAAUGAAAAGGAGGAAGCGGCGUAACGAAACGAAGUGGCCCUUGGAUCCUGCCGUACGAGAUCAGUCGAUUACUUUUGUGACUGCCAUAAACAAGUUAGAGGAGCUUAUCCUCCGCAGCACAGCGUAGUAAUAAAGGAAAAGUGAAACCGCGUGAAUGGUGUUUGCUGAUAAUUCUUUCCUGGAGGAAAGAAGCCCAUCCUGAGCCGUGGAUUCGGGUUUCUUGGGAGCAUUUUCAGUUGAAGCAAGUUGCACUGUUUGUACUUUUUCUGCUGGUCGUCCCACGUACGGAAAAGAGGAGUUUAUGCAGAUUUCAAUGAAGGGAUUCAAGAAAACGCACCUCACGGUCGAUGACUGUGAAGCUCUCGCACGGAGCGCAGAAGGUUCAUCCUCCCUGACGCAGCCGUUGAGUCAAAGAAAAAGUAGAGGAGAUGUAAACAGGGGCCUCUAUCCCACCCAGGGGACAAGGAGACGUCAAGGAGGCCAAGGUCAGCAGAAGAACAUCACUGAUUACUUCAGCGUCUCUCAGGUACAACAAGUAGGUGCCGGUGGGACGAAGAACAGUAGAAUCAAAGAAGAGGUACUGGAUCCCAUCUUCACCGACCCUGAUGAUUCCUUCAGCGAUGUCUCCACUAAGAUGGAGACCAGUGGUGAUUCCUGCUCUUUUCUGGAAGAUGAGGACCUUGUACCGGCUCCCAGGGAAAGCUCCAGGAAACGGCCUCUGUCCACUGCAGCUGCAGGCGUUUGCAAACCAGAGCACGAUUUGUGGGGUGAGCCUGAGAAGAAGCAAAUGGUGGGUCUUCCAGAAAACAUCCAGAUCAAGCAGGAACUUGAUGAUAUGGAAAUCGAACCAGUCCCUGAUGCACACUACGGACUCCUGGGGACUCGGAAUUGGGAAGUGCCUCAGGGAAGUAUUGAUGAUCUGCCUGUUGAAGUCCUGAGGCACAUCUUUGCUUUCCUACCAGUGACUGAUCUGUAUCAGAACCUGAGCCUGGUGUGUCGCUGCUGGAGGGAGAUAGUCAGUGAUCCACUGUUCAUUCCUUGGAAAAAGCUGUACCAUCGGUACCUAAUGAAGGAGGACAUGGCCCUGCACAGAGUUGCGCAGAUCUUGGAGGUUUUCGCCAUAACAAAGGAGCAGGAAGGAUGUGUGUGGGGGCUGAUCAGGUGCGUGUCUGCCAUAUCCACCAAACGGAAGGUAGAUCCCAGCGCGGUUCUCCGAUGUUUGAAGAGGCAUCACCUCUUCUCCAAGGCUGAAGUCUGCAUCACCAACAAACUGCCGCAUUUACAGAGCAGGACGGGGCUUGAGAACUUGUGGGCCAUAAUCGCCGUCAUGGUGCUUUUCUCCGAUGGCGUCAGCGACAUCCAAAAGCUGAUGGCGUGUCUGCAGAGACCCUGCUCUACCCUCUCUGUCGUGGAUGUGACUGAGGUGCUUUACUGCAUUGCCACGCUGCUGUACGCCAUGAGAGACAGGAACAUUGCCAUCACCAACAGGAUCCAUUACAAUAUUUUCUACUGCUUGUAUCUGAUGGAAAAUACUUCCGUAACUAUGCAGAUGGUAAAAGAGGAAACACCGGUGUCACGCUGCAGACAAGACUUAUGGUCCGGGAGCUGGCCUGAAGUAAAGCUGACCCAUGAACAGCAAAGGAUUUUGAAUCACAAAAUUGAGCAUGGUCAAAUAGUGAAAAUUAUGGCAUUUGCAGGUACAGGAAAGACCUCAACCUUGGUCAAGUAUGCGGAGAAGUUUGCUGAUCUGAAUUUCCUUUACGUGACAUUUAACAAAGCUGUUGCAGAGAGGGGGAAAAGUGUCUUCCCCAGAAACGUUACAUGCAAGACUUUCCAUUCAUUAGCAUUUGGAAGUGUCGGCAAACACUAUAAAGAAAAAGGCAAACUAAACUUCUCCAAGAUGUCAGUUUACUCCAUCAGUUUCCUUAUCCAGAACCGCCAGGGACAAUCUCUGUUCGUAAGAGGGAAAACAGUCUCGCAGACCCUUGAAAACUUUUUUGCCUCUUCAGACGAUGAAAUCUGCGAAGAGCACGCUCCUAUUUGGUUCAAAAAUACUCACGGCGAGAGAAAACUUGCCAGUCAAGAAGAAAAGAGAAUCAAUGUGGAAGAGGCGAAAGAGAUAUGGCACAACAUGAAGAAGCUGGAUGGAGACGUCGAGAAGAAAUACAAGAUAACUUGUGAUGGGUAUUUGAAACUUUGGCAGCUCAGCAAGCCUCAGCUCUUAGGAUACGAUGCCAUUUUUGUCGAUGAAGCACAGGACUGCACUCCAGCCAUCGUGGAUAUUGUCCUGUCACAAAAAUGUGGUAUAAUCCUCGUAGGAGACCCCCACCAGCAGAUCUACACCUUCCGAGGCGCUGUCAAUACCCUCUACUCAGUGCCUCACACCCACGUCUACUACCUCACCCAGAGUUUCAGAUUUGGUCCUGAAAUAGCUUACGUUGGAGCAACCAUUCUGGAUGUCUGCAAGAAGAUCAGGAAUAAGACGUUAGUGGGUGGAAACCAAAAGGGUGAUGUGAGAGGCAGCAUGGAAGGGAAGAUAACGGUCUUAUCACGAAGCAAUUUUAACGUGUUCGAGGAUGCUGUGAAACUUACUGGGAGAGAGCGGCUGAUUAAAAUACACGUGAUUGGGGGGCUUGCCCGUUUUGGCCUGAGCAGAAUUUAUGAUAUUUGGAAACUCAGUCAACCGGCAGAUGAACGGAAAAAAGCGAACCUUGUUAUAAAUGACUCCUUUAUCAAAAGAUGGGAAGAGACUCAGGGCUUCUUUGGGUUAAAGGAAUAUGCAGAGCGCAUCGAUGACAAAGACCUGGAAGUGAAGAUUGCGAUAGUGGAGAAAUACAAAGAGCGGAUCCCUGAGCUGGUGCAGAAGAUUGAGAGCAGCCAUGUGUCACAAGAAGCCAUGGCAGAUUACCUAAUAGGUACUGUCCAUCAAGCCAAAGGCCUGGAGUUCGACACGGUGCUGAUUGCGGAUGACUUUGUGAAAGUACCGUGUCUCAGUGGAGAUUACCAGAGAAGAACGAACUUCAGUAUCGGCAUGUAUCCUGAGGAUGAAUGGAACCUGCUCUAUGUCGCAGUGACACGUGCGAAGAAGUGUUUGCUAAUGUCAAAGUCCCUGGAACAUCUUCUAGCAUUGGCUGGGGAGCAUUUCCUUCGGGUGGAGCUGAUGAGCGAGGCUGCGAAGGAUGGGGCCACCCUCCCUUGUUGUGCGCCACAGUGUACGGGAACGCUGCCGUCCGACUGCCGGCUGGUUGUGAAGAAGCUCCCUUUGACUCACAGCAAUGGCAGCAAGGAUGCAGGUGGCUACCUUUGCCGCGCUUGCACGCAGCAGCGCUUUGGCUCUCUGACACCCCUGACCUUUUUCCCAGCGCUUCAGGAACAGCCCAUCUAGCUCUAGCGAAGUCCUCCAACUCCCCAGAGCCUUGGCUGCAUCCCGGAGCCGUGCUGCGUGCGGGACAAGACCUCUUGUCACAUCCCAGCUCCAAAAUAAGGUGGAUAUCGGAGCAGGGUUUUGGAGCAACUCCAAGAGGAAGCCUCCAGGCUCUCUGCAAGGGGGUGUGAGACCUUUUCUCUAGCCCUGCCUUGCCCUCCGAGAGCUGGUCAGCAUGGCCUGCAUCUCUGCACAGAAGAAUAUGCACUAUAUAAACUGCAUCGGACAGGACAACUUUUUAAUCUUUUUGAGCAUUACCAAUCCAUCAUGUCGGUCGCCAGGAAAAGACCUCCAGUGACCAAACCAACACGAUAUCCCUGCCUAUUCCGUCAUGUCAUGCCUUGGUGAAAUCCCUCCGAUCCACUGGAAGAAGAGGAAAUGCGAUGCUGAAAAGUACGCAAAGAAACGCUUUAUUUCUAGGAAGCAGACUUUUUUCCUGGAGCCUGUUUUAAUGGGGAAAAGUUCAUUAUCAGCUCUGGGAGGAAGUCGUUAAUAUCUCCCAGCUGAAUUAAUUUUCCUUAUUUGCAGCUGAGGGGUUUCCCUAGACUCUGUUUUCCUUCUCCCUGCAGCAAAGCACAAGGGAAGAAGAGAGGCAGCAUCUGAAGAACUGCUGUGUUUUGGUUUGGUUUCAGUCUAACUCAGAGAUAAACGGG